AUGGUAACCAUCCCAAAACCCCACAAGGCCGUCGCCACACCCGCCAAACGCGCGCCCCUCAUCCUCCUCGACCGCGAGACAACUCCCCCGGGACCAGGCGAAAUCCUCAUCCUAAACGAAUGGACCGCCUCCAGCCCCCUCGAUCUCCACCGCGCCGACGGCGGUCUCCUCUGCAACCACCCGGAAGUCAUGGGCGGCGGCGCAGCAGGGACAGUGGUAGCCGUAGGCCCCAACCAGGACCCAGAGGACGCCGAGAGACUCAAGCCGGGGGACAAGAUCUUUACCUUUGCUUUCCACCACUUUAGCGAGCGCGCGCACCAGGAUUUCGCGACGGUGCCGGCGUAUUUGGUCUCCAAGCUGCCCGCGAAUGUCACGCCGCAGGAGGCGGCGACGGUGCCGACGAAUCUGAUUACCGUGUUCCACGCCGUGACGGCGGAUCUGGGGUUAGAGCUGCCGUGGCCUAGACCUCAGGGGGAAUGGGUCCCCCGCGCGAGAGACGACGACGCCGUGCUCGUCUGGGGCGCGGCGAGUAGUGUCGGCGUGUACGCGGUGCAGGUGCUGCGGCAUUGGGGGUACCGCAAUAUCCUGGCCGUGGCGAGCGAGAAGCACCACGCGCAGCUGAAGGAGAUGGGCGCGCGGAGCACGUUUAGUUACCGGGAUGCUGGGGUCGUGGAGAAGAUUCUAGGGGCUGUUGGUGAGGGGGGUGUGCCGUUUGUGUUGGAUUGUAUUGGGUCCGUCGAGGGCACUCUGAGGCCGUUGACGAAGAUUGCGGGCCGGGGGACAAAGGUUGCAGUCAUGUUGCCUGUUAUUGUGCGGGAUGCGACGGAGGAGGUUGAGCCAGAGUAUGAGAUGGAGGUGAAGAACGUAUUGGUUGGGGAGUGGGAUGAUGGUGUUGAGCUCCGGGGGAAUGAGUUCUUCAAGGAAAAGAUGCAGAGAGAGAUUGUGCCGACGCUCUUGGAGCAGGGUAUCAUCAAGCCCAACAAGCAAAAGAUUGUCGAGGGCGCUACCAUGCUGGAGAGGGCGCAAAAGGCUAUUGAGUUGCUGAGGAAGAGGGAUCCCAGCGGUGAGCGUCUGGUCUGGAGGGUUUCGGAUCUGGAUCUGAAGCUGUGA